AUGCUAUGGGAGAAACAUAGGAGGAUUAGAAAGAAGAAUGAGGUAUUAGCUAGUAGAAAGAUUGAGUUUAGGAUAAAAGGUGGACCACUUGUAGACUUCCAAGUAGGAAAUAUCCGAUGCCCUACAAAUGAAUGUGGUGGACUAGAUGUGGUUAUGGAAUACAUUAAUAGAGGACCCGAAUAUUGGCAUGGUGAAGAAGGGAAAAUAAAAGAUGAAUCAUCAGUUGAUUUCUUGAAAAAGACUGGAUGCGAGGAUUUAAUUGGGCAAAAAGAUAUGGAUUCAUAUGUGAUUGUAAGACUUGGUCAAGGGGAGGUGUUGAAUGGAUUGGAUCGGGGGAUUAUUACUAUGAAAAAGAGGGAGUGUGCAUUCUUCACAUUGACUCUUGAGUUGGGCUUUAGAAUGGUAGGGCGUGAUGCUUGUGCAAACAAAUUCUUCGUUCAAUUUAAGGUUGAGCUUGUUUCAUGGAUUACGAUAGUAGAUGUGAGCAAAGAUGGUGGAAUUAUAAAGAAAAUUAUGAGGAAAGAAGAGAAGAAUGAGCCUCACGAUGACUUAUGUGAAGUCUUUGUGAAGUAUUAG